GCGCUCUUAGAUCAUCAUACACCCACUUCAUAUGGAUCUUCUUGUGAAAACCGUGAUUGACGAUAGCCGCUACGGAAGAAAUAUCCAGACCACCACAUUAGAACAUCGCCUUAAUUACCUAACAAGAUAGCUCCUUAAUCGAUGAAUCCGAAUGUAUCUUUCCAAGCCCCCGCCCUCGUAUAGCCGACAGCCCCAAUUGCCACCACUCGUCGAGAAGGAGACGGAAGAUACUAUCGGAGAUAACUAUGACUGGCUCGCUCUCGCGAAAGAGAACAUUCGGCGGGAACUUGAGGCGUCAAAGAUGGAGCUUGAACUCGUUAGAGAUUUGCUGAGCGAGCUGGAGGUAGGCUCCAAGAUAAGGCGAUCCAAUCGCGGAGCUAGGGACCAGGUGUUCCUUAUGAGAGCUUGCCAGGAAUACUCCGGCUCGAGAUCCUGUAUGCUCGAAGAACGACUGCGACAGAUCGACUUGUGGAUGAACGAUGUACACAUGGGCCAAAGUGUUCCUCAUAAAAUACCAGAUGAGUAUGUCGCAUCCAACGAGACCAUCUUGAUAGAGAAACCCACCUCGGCAGAUCAUUAUAUCAACGAGAAUAUCAUCACUCCAAGUAGUGCGUUUCGUGUUUUUACCUAGGCCUACCUCUCGCGAUCUAGAUAUAUAUGUCUGCUAAUAUAGUUCGCAUAGAUGGCUUAUGGUUGAUAUUGAAUGGCGACGAUGGCUAAGCGAACAAACGGCGUUACGGGAUAGUGUGUCUGAACGACCCCUUGUUACAUCUCACCAGAGCGACGCGGUGAAACUCUGGGGACCGCUGAUUCCUAUACUCGCGGCCUAUAUCGAGUAGAAUAGCUCGUAGAAAAGAUGGGGCUUGGGCUGAUCCCGCAGGGGAAGGUUGCCGACGGCUCCAGUACUUAUAUAGCUGCCAGGAGUGACUCUCCCGCGACG